CCUCCGCCCGUUGCCAUGGUGCCGCGGCCCGGCGUGCUGUGGGCAGUGGCGGCGGCGGCGCUGGCGCUGCUGGUCCGGCGGGCGGCGGCGGCGCUGGCGGGGCCGGUGGUCCGCUGCGAGCCUUGCGACGCGCGGGCGCUGCAGCAGUGCAAGCCCCUGCAGCCCGACUGCGCCGAGCGGGUGCGGGAGCCGGGCUGCGGCUGCUGCUUCACCUGCGCCCUGCGCCUGGGGCAACCCUGCGGCAUCUACACGGAGCGCUGCGGCGCGGGGCUUAGCUGCCAGCCGCGGCGGGAAGAGGCGCGGCCGCUGCAGGCGCUGCUCGAGGGCCGCGGGCUCUGCACCAACGCUACGGCGGGCAGCAAGCUGCGGGCCUUCCUGCUGCCGGGACCGCACGCUGCAGGAAAUUUCAGUGAUUCAGAAGAAGACAGGAGUACCAGCAGCGUAGAAAAUCCGGCCAUUCCAAACUCUCACAGGGUGCCAGAUUCCAAGUCACAUCCACCACACAUCAAAAUAGAUAUCAUCAGGAAAGUGCAAGCCAAAGAUACACAACGCUAUAAAGUUGAAUAUGAUUCACAGAGUACGGAUACAUUGAAUUUCUCUUCUGAAUCCAAACAAGAGACUGAAUAUGGUCCAUGUCGUAGAGAAAUGGAAGACACUUUAAACCACCUAAAGAUCCUGAAUGUCUUGAGUCCCAGGGGCUUUCAUAUUCCAAAUUGUGACAAGAAGGGAUUCUACAAGAAAAAGCAAUGUCGCCCAUCCAAAGGCCGAAAAAGAGGUUAUUGCUGGUGCGUGGAUAAAUAUGGACAGCCACUUCCUGGGUAUGAUGGGAAGGGAAAAGGAGAUGUCCACUGCUAUAACUUGGAGAGCAAAUGAGGGCUGGGUGCCAGCUCUUCUGGCAUCUGUGCAUGGCCACUGGACCUCACAGAGACCUUGGAGGGGCUGGGCAAACACUGUGGGACUGCACUGUCUGUGGAGUAACAAGCUCUGCUUCCUGCAGCAGAUGGGGAGUUGCAGCUUCUUUGGAUGCUGCUGCAGCUGCACCCUGCCACUGACACACCUCGAGCUUCCUAUGGGAUGUAUAGGGACCUCUGAAUUCCCAUGUAAACCUGCACUAUUGAUACCCAGAGAGAGAAAAAAAGGCACUUCAGAAUGGAAUCAGGGAGUCUCCACUGACUUUUUAAAGAAUGGUCUGUGACCAAUUAGAUCCCAAAAGAUACUGGGUUUUUCAUUUUAAAGAAUUUAUAGACGUUAAGCCUGUAAAAGUAUUAAAAAGAAAAACAAAACCAAAAAACCCACAAGGACUUAAACAUAAAGCUUUUUUUACAGGUCUGAUGGGAAACUUGUCUUCACGGGUAAAAAGUUUUAUAAAAAUCUCAAAGAACUUUUUAAAGAAAUGUAUUUCUAAGAUAAAGACAUGGCUAUUUUUUUCUGUAAAAUAUAUUAUGAAUAUUCUGUUAAGUCUCUAUUUAAUAUAAUUGUUUUUUUAUAAACUUUAUUUAAAUGUAACAUGUGAAUACCAAAUAUUACACAGUAAUUCUAGUGUAUACAUCUGUAUGCAAAGAGAAAGUGAGGUUAUGGAAUGAUUUACAAAUACGUUUAGCUCUCUAUGCGUACACACUGACCUGUUCUAGGUAAGAGAAUUGAAUUUUUAGAGCAAAGGAAGUGUUUCCAGAAGGGAUUGAGUUUUAUUAUUUGAUAUAAGUACAAAUGCCAAGAUAUUAUUUUUUUUUAAAUUAUUUUAUUGAUAAUUCUAAUGUACCCAUCACUGAAUUAUGCCACUGGAAAGGAUGACAGUCGCACUGAAGCUCUUGGUAAAGCUUUCUUCUGUCUGUACAUUGCUUCAGUUUGUGCAACAGGGCUUACAUUUCCUUCAUUUACUGCUUACACUAAUACAGAAUAUUCACGGACAAAAAAUUGCCAUUACAGUACUACUCUUUGUAUUUGCUUAUUUAUUUUGAAAAGGUGUAUCUAUUCUGUGUUGUCUUGGUACAUUCUACCAAAGCACUUACUCUGUAUGAGGAACUCCUGUUGAAAGCAAUGUCAACAAGAUGGGGGGAUUGUGGACCCUGGGUGUUGAGACCCACGUGUUUCAUUUAUGCAACACACAAUUGUUGCUUACUUUGACUAUGGUAGAAAUCAUUCGCCUGCAUCUAAGCAUAGAAAAAGAACCAUUGGGUUUAAAUAGCUAAAUUCACUGUCUGUCAUGGUGUUAUAUGUCUUUUUAAUUGGAAGAGAAGUGAUUUGGUUUUGUUGUGGUAUGUGAUGCUUUCACAUAAGGAAGGCUUCGGCAACAUUUUUUUUUGAGGUUGAUUGUUUGAUGUACUUUGCGAAAAAUUCUGUAUGACAAUGAAAUCUGCAUAAGGGAAGGUGGCCUGUGAAAUGUAUCAUCUCUCUGGAAAAUAAUGCCAUAUUUUGUAUAUGUAUUUAUUUAUAUAUUUUAUAUAAAUAUUUUAUAUAUUUAUAUAAAUAUAUAUUCUUAUAUGUCUCACUAUAAAUGUUUGAUGUCACUGUAGAAAAAAGAAGCCAUCAACACUGUAAUUCCUUGUUGGGUUGGGAACUCCAUGAAGACUAUGGACAUUGGGUUUUCACCUGCUGGGGCUAGGCAGUGUGUUGAUGGAGGAGGGGCUGUGGUGCUGAGGAGCCCAUUCCUCUCCCACUGCCUGAAUUACAGCCAUGCUUGUUCCUGCCAGCAAAGGCAAAUGUCUAGAAACUCUGAUAUGGAAGGAUUUGGACAUGCAGCUUGCCAGGAUUGAGGCAUCCCAUCACUAUAACUCAGAUAUUUAAAGCCUUACCCUGAAAUGUAUUAUCUGAACAGCACUAUGAGUGUUCUCCACAUCUUUCCAAUUUCUGUCUAAUGAAAUGAGUUCAUAUCAUCAUUAAAACUGAAAUUUUAUAAUCUCAUGGUAAGAAAAAAAUUGUAUGUGAAGUGAUGCUUACUCCAGGCUAAUACAGGUUUCCUGACACAAGGUUACAGAAAGCUUUGUGAAGUGAAGAUUUAUUGCAAUAUUUUUACUGCUAAAGCAGAUUUAAUGCCUGCAAAGAUUUGUUGGCAAAAUAAUAAAUGAUGGGCUUUUAUUUUUUUUUUCAGAGUUGUAAACCAAUUCUUUUCAAAUAAUUUCACAGAGAGAAGAAAGUUGUAUAUACACCAAUGUUUGGGCAUAUAAUCAUGGAUAAGAAAAUAAGGGCUUGAUUCAUUGAAAUGAGUUAUUAUUUUGCCUCUAUUUUUUUAAUAACAAUCUGGUGAGCCUUCUGAAAACAAAAAUCAGCUUCUUGUCAAAAAUGAUACAGAUGCUUUGCAAGGCACAACUUGCAAGCAUGUGAGGUGUUUCAACAGCCUCUGACAGGCUUUAUGAUUUGGGUAUUUUGUUAAGUAUUUCAAUUUUUUAGGUUUUAUGCUACAAUUAAAAACAAAUAAAUAUAGAAGAAGCUGGCUAGUAGAGGUCAUUAAGUCAUACUAUGAAAAAAAAAACCCCAAACAAACUACAUCUCAAGGAGCUAAACCUGAUUUAAGCAAGCAAUUUGUCACGUGAAUAUUUAAGAAAUGGCCUUCAGCUCCUUUAUUAGUACUAACAGUCUUUAGUUAUGUAACAGAGAAAACAUACAGCCAUAAGGGGAAAGAAGAAAGAUGUGUGUAAAUCAGUUUUAUUUUGUUCCCAACAGACAUCUUUGAAAGAGAAAUUGUGUUUAAAAAUAGCCCCAAAAAUAAAGUCUCACCUGUCAUUUAAAGCUGCAUCUUUUCAGAAGUUGCCUUUUAAAUAUUUCUUACAAGCGCAGUUGCUUGCACUAGUAUUGGAUACUUGCCAUUGUCAAUCUGAUGUCCCUGUCAGUUGACACGACACUGGUAUGAAAUGCAAAAUAACAUUAUUAUCUGUCUCCAAAGAGAUAACUUUUUUAAAAUGAAAGAAUCAGUGGUAGCUUUUUCCUUUUUUCUUUUUUUUUUUUUUUUUUAGCAUUCCUAUUUCUGUGAAGACAAAGGUCCAAUUCUAUACAUAAGAGUACUUGUAAUUCAAAGAUUUUUCUCAUGGCUAAGGGCUGCAAUUCAAACAAAUAUAUGUAUUUGUGGUCCACACCCAAGCAGCAGAAUGUGGGCAGCACAAAGUAAAUGUAUGGGUCAGUAUCAGUUCAGAGGAAGACGAGUUACCUCCAGGUCUAAGUUAGAAAUGAUUCCUACUAAAAGCUGCAGUGAGUGGAGAACUUUGAAUUUGGUGACAGAAAUUAAACCAAUGCAUUAGAAAAAUCCCUUAUGUCUUGGUGCCUUCACUGUCUUCAGCUUCAGUAUUUUAUUAAGUGAAAGUCCGCUUUUUUCUAGUUUUCAAUAAGCUCUUUCGAAAAACUAAGGUGCUCUGAGUUAAUAUUAAGAAGCCUCUGAAAAAAAAUUAUAACUUAAAACAUUAUUUGCACCUCAAAUAUUUGCAUGGCAAGGCAUUAUAAAAAAUCAAAAUAUGUAUUGCAAAACUUGCUGAUUUCUUUGUGAGCAUGUUUUGUCUCUAGAUUGUACCUGGGAACUAUAUGGAGCCCAGAUGAAUAAGUAUUUAUUUUAACAUGUGUGAUCAAUAACUGCAUUAAUCCCUAUAAUUGACCAGAAUACAAGUUAAAGUUGCCUGCAGACAGCUCUAUUAUCUUACAAACUCUGAGAAAGUUCCCUUUUUUAAUGCAUCUACUGUGCUGUAGUUUUUGGAGCCCAGAAUAUCCUUUUCCACCUCUUUGACAUGCCUGCCUUUCAGGGCAUAGUGUUAGCUAUUAGUGCAUGAGGGAAGGAGGAUUCAUUGAAUACCAAAACCACAGAAUUAAUUCAUUUUUAGUACAGUCUGAACUUUUUUUGACUAAAUUCCAUAGAAACCCUACACAGCAUAAUUCCUUAUUGAACUGAGCCCUAAUUUAAGUAGUGGUUUUUCGAACUAUUUGGGAAGUCAUCUUUGCAUAUCUCUAGUCACUCUAAAACUGUAAGCAAGGAUGGCUCCACAGAGAUUUCACAUAUUAGCAAUAGGAAUUUAAAGUGUGAAAAGUACUGAGCAAUUUUCCUGGAGGCAAAAGCAUAUUAGUAUACAAAAUGAAAUGUUUAUAUAUGUAGCUGUUUUCUCUGUGGUCCUGCUGUGCCUUUAGAAAUCCUUCAAUUCUGUUAUUUCUACCAGAAGAAUAUGCUUGCUUCCUCAUUUCAAAGGACUCCUUUUUCUUUCUCAACUCCCACUUUUUUGGUUUUUUUUUGAGAGAUCCAAAAAUAAGAUCCAAAAAGGAUAUCAGAGUAUUCCAAGGACAAGAUUUCUGUGAUCAGUAUCAGUAAUGGCUUCAUCUGCAAGCAUGCAAGAAUAGGCUCAAGGCCUUAAGAAGAGAAGUCGUUUGGUAUGUCCAGUGGACCUGGGUAUUUUGGAGAUACUCAAAAGCCAUCUGGACACAGUGCCAGGCAACCAUUCCCCGAUGGUCCUGCCUGAGAAGGGAGGGGUGCACCAGGUCACUUCCAGAGUUCCCUUCCAACCUAAACCAUCCUUUGAGCCUAUGGGCCUGUGAGCCUAUCGUUAGCAGUUUGGUGUCCCAAGUUCCAGCACGUGAGAUUGUCAAUGCAAUGUAUUGAUUGAGAAGAUGCUACAACAUUUUUUGCCCCAAAGAAAAUUUUCUGGUAAAAUGUCAACUUGUACAAAUUUGUUGUUCAUCAGAACAAGCUUUAGUCUUAAAACUCUGCAUUUUAUUUACUUCUUCCAGUUCAGAUUUUGCAGAAGUAAAAGCAUAUAUACCAGCCUUAGAGAAAAUCCCAUUUAAAAAUCUUUCUUUUUGCUUUUACCCUGUACAUAUGUUAAAAAAUGCAAAUGACUUCAAGGCAGAAUGUUGCUGCUAAAAAACAAAUGGAGACCAGGUAUUAGCAAAAGCAGAGGGUAAUGCUGCAAAUCUCAGUUUAUCCAUGUAGAAUUCAUGUCCUGCUGCUAUAUGCAUCCUGGCUUUCUGCUUCUGCUGACCUGUCCAAAUUCCUUAAGAGCCUUUCUCUGUCAAGGCUGAUUUUACCCCACUGCUCUCCCCAUGGGUGGGGAUGGAACGAAAGGUAGCAAAAUUAUCUCUGCACAAGAAAGCUGAGGUUUCAUGCAGAAAAAUCACCAAAUCUGAAAAGCUCUAAAGAAAAUGUCUCUGAGAAGGACUGCUUUCCAUAGUUACUUGUGGUAAUACCUUCCAAAAGUGGAAGGACUUGCUUACAAGAGCCAGGUUGAGAGUACAUUUCCUCACUCCUUGCAACUGGAGAACAGAGGCUAUUUUUGCCUGCUUAUGCCAUAUCGAGAAUAUUCAAGGUGAAACUUGGUUCCUCUGUCUGCUAUGUAAUUUGCACUCAGUAAAAAAGACCUAACUGAGCUUGUACAGUUGAUUAUUGUUUUAUCACAGGGGUGCUGCACGCAACCUCCAGCCUUCAGAUGCUGCCUUUCUACAGCUGCUAUUACCAGGCUACCAGUACUAUGUUACUGAUGUCCUUCUUCUGUUCCCUUGCUGGGGCUAAAAGCAGUACUUUAGCUGCCAAAGCAGCAAUAAACAGAAACUUCAGGCAAAGAAAAAAUAUGAAAGAUGAUGAGUAUUAUAGCCACCAUUUGCUCUAGGCCUCCACAAGCAUCCCGCACUAUGAUGCUGUUCCAAAGAACCUCAGCAUUUCCACAUCAGCUUGGUACAUUGCAAUUUGCAUGAUUAUGCAAUUAAAAGCUUCAGUAUAGGCACAAAUAGACUGCUUUUUGUUAGCUUAUGUCUAGGUUGGAGUAGACUGAGAGCAAGAGGAAGACUGCCUAUGCUGUCUUCAGCUUCGCAGAACUAUAGCACAAUGGCUCUGCUAGAAGAGCUGUGUCUGUUGGUCAGGCACUCCCCCUGAUGGAAAAUGUGGCUAGUAAGGAAGCAGCAAGAAGUCAAGCAUUGCACAGCCCCUGCCUUCCCUUGUGUACCCUUGUCUCUGCUGGGCUGCCCAUGCUGCCACUCAGACUUGAUAAUCCAAGAAGGUGUCUGAAAAGAUGAGCAGGAACUUUUUCCAAAUAAAACAACUAUGAUCUGGAAUGGACUAAAUUUAAAUUUAUUCAUUAAAACUUUCUGCAACAUUCAAGAGCACCCUUGCUUCCCAACAUCUUUCUCAUGGGAUGCUACCCCCUCUCCCUGUACCCUCACAGUAGCUUCCUUGCAUGAACUUUGCUCUGUGGGGGAGGUUGUAAGUCAGGGGAGGAGAAAAGGAGGGAAAAUAACGCCUUUGUUUGUUGGCAGAGCUAUCAUCAGAGCUAUUCUCAUUACUCAGAAUGCAAGUGCUGGUAUGUUUGGGCUCCUGCUCCACUGCUGGUUUUUUGGUACUUACUGGUAAUAUGGAAUAAAGUGCCUGUAUUCCCAACA